AUGGCACCUUUGGACUUUGAAUCAGAUUCACGUGUUGUGGAGGGCAUGCCGGUGAUAAAGGGACAGAUGGUCCUGAUCCUGUGGGGGUCCACAGGAUUUGGGUGGGUCCCAAACACUGUGGACGCGCAUAAAAGAAGAGAGAGAAACAGCAGCGACAUUUGCGCGCGUCCUACGUGUCAGAUUUUGCCGCACUCCUUUCGCUUUCACCUACUCGUUGACUCCUCCGCACGCGUUUCCUCCCACGCGCCUCUUUCACUAACCUAG